AUGGACAAUAUCAUCAGUUUGGAUUUAUCAGAGGAGCCUUCACUUUGUUUCAGUUCACUUAAUACUUCGUGUUUGAAGAUUGAUUAUCCUUUACAAGUCCGGGUUUUGCUCUACAUCCUCUUUAGCACUUCUUCUCUUCUCACUGUAUUUGGAAACCUGCUUGUGAUUAUAACUGUUGUACAUUUCAGACAAUUACGUACAUCAACUAAUUACCUCAUUCUCUCUCUGGCUGUUUCUGAUCUGCUUGUAGGAGGAAUAGUGAUGCCUCCCAGCAUGAUACGCUCUGUGGAAUCCUGCUGGUAUUUAGGAAACACCUUUUACCGAUAUUAUGCUGUGUGUCAUCUGCUUCUGUAUCACAGUAAAAUUACUCCUAGUACUGUUAUCUUUCACGCUGCACAAAGACAAGCUCGUGCAAUUCAAUCCACAAAUGCACAGAUGAAGACAGCUGAGGGAAAAGCCAGUGUGAGCAAGUCAGAAAAGAAGGUCACGAAAACAUUAGCCAUAAUCAUGGGAGUGUUUCUGACCUCCUGGCUGCCAUUUUUUACCUGUAACUGCUUAGAUCCAUUUAUAGGAUAUUCAGUUCCGCUAAUUCUGUUUGAUUUAUUCCUCUGGGUUGGCUAUUUCAAUUCAAUGUGUAAUCCGAUCAUCUAUGCCUUUUUCUACAGCUGGUUCAAACAGGCUUUCAGAGUCAUUCUGUCUGGGGGAAUAUUUCGAGCCAGUUCAUCGCACACCAGAUUGUUUUGA